GGCGUGUCACUCUCAACUCUCUGCAUCUCACCUGUACCUCUCCCCUCCCAACUCUUUCCGUAUCCUGUGAUCAAUCCAUGGAAGGAGCUCCGGUCGUGACGCAAACUCCAAUGCCGCAAGACACGCCGACCUCCCCAAGGCGAGCUCCGACGGCCACAGCCUCCGGCACAGGGGCCUCAGGCCAGAGCCCUCCCUCCCCGUUUCCACACAUUCCCGUCGUCGCUGGCGGCCGUGCAGGCAAGGUGCUCGACGAAAUGCCUCCUGACACGUCAAGCCUCGUCGUCGCAGGCCUCGAGCCGCAGCGGCGGCCGUGGGCGGACGUCCCGCAGGACAUCCUCGGGAUCGUGGCCGGCCGCCUCCCCUGCGUCGAGGACCGCGCCAGGAUGCGCUCCGUCUGCGCCGCCUGGCGCGCGGCGGCGCGCCUCCACCGGCCGCCGCCGCCGCCGCUGCCCCUGCUCGUCCACGCGGACUUCACCUUCUCCAGCUUCUCCCCCGACGGUGUGAGGAUGGGCGCGCGUCGCGUCCCACUGCCCGAGGGCGUGGCGGCCGACGACGUCCGCUGCGUGGGCUCGUUCGAGGGGUGGCUCGCCGGCGUGCGGCCGAACGAAGGUCGCUACCUUGGUGACGGCGAGUGCUUCCUGAUGAAUCCUUUCUCCCGGGACGUGCUCCAUCUCCCGCCUCCCUCCGCAUCUUCGCAUUUCGUCGAUGCCCACAGUAGAUCCCUCCCCAUCAUCGGCGGCUCUGGUGUGGUUGAGUGCACCAUCAACGCCCCACAGUACGUGAUGUCGUUCUGCAAGGUGAUCUUGUCCUCCUCACCUGAUUCUGGGUCCAAGUGCACUGUGGCUGCCUUCUCUGUGCACAGGAACGGAGCCAAGCUUGCUCUCUGGCGGCCUGGGAUGGCGUCGUGGUGCGUGUGCCUUGGUGGCUGCAUCAGCAAGUUCAGUGACAUUACCUUCUACCAGGGGAAGCUUUAUGUGCUCAGCGAGCUCACCACAAACCUCUUUGUCGUUGAGAUAACAGACGACGGCGCCGACUGUGGGCUGAUGGUUUCUCGUGUCGAGCGUUGCGUGGCCGAGCUGCCUGAGGUCAAGGACAGCUACAAGCAGAGGUGGAACUUGGUAGAAUGGCAUGGAAAAUUGUUGCUCAUCGCCAGAUACUUAGGCGGCGGUGUGAGCUGGAACGAUAUUUGCAAGGUUGGAGUAUAUGUGGUGGAUUUAAGCACGAAACCUCUUCGAUUUACUGAGAUCAACACAUUAGAUGGCGACUGUAUCUUCAUCAGCCCGUGCAGCAGCAAAUCAUUUCAUGCGUCGGAGUAUGACGGGGUGGAAAGCAAUGUUAUCUACUUCAUUGAUGGCCAUCUCUGCCAUGCUAAAAAUGGCCCCCCACUUGAUAAGUUCAUGUACAACUUGAGAGAUGGUACAUUGGCACCAUUUGCUGCAGAUUUAUCAGAGCAAAAUUUUCGGGCACCAGAUGGCAAGCUGAUGAGUCCAACAUGGUUGUUUCCUUCUGAAUGAACUGUGGCACAUCAACUCCGAUGUUAAUGAAUCACAGAAGCCCUGCUGCUGCUUGGCGCAAGGGCCAUGGUGUUUGCUUUUCAAGAGCUGAAAAAAAAAACAAGUGUAUGUUGUUGUCUGAUUUGUGAUUAUUAUGAUGCGUGCUGACUUAAACUGUUUUAGUACUUCGUUUUCAAACUUCCAUUUGGAUCAUCAGUUGAUUCACAUUUGUGGGAAUCAGUAGUUAAGUGAGCAGUGGUUCUUCAUAUUAACUGGACUGUAAUGGUUCUGCAAUGCCUCACCUAUCCUCUUCCGGUCCUUUGGGUAUUUCUGUCACUGGAGUAGACAUUUCUACUAGUGGUUAAUAUAGCUAGUGGAGUGUUAUAUCUUCACGUUUUAUUCAAUGGAUUUCAUUUGAAUCUAUGGAACUGCUUGCUUCCUUAUUGAAGCAUCGUAUUAUUAGGGAUGAGCCUUUCAGUGCUGUUGAUGCCCAUACAGCAACAAGUCUCCUCAAUAUGUAAGCAUCGUAUCAGCACAUGCAGAUUGUAUUAGUAUUUGAUUAUGAGCUGAUUUAUAAAUCUCUUAUUUUGUAUGACAACAUUAUGUCAUGGGUAUUUUAUCAGAUAAAACUGUUCCUUUGGUAACCCACCAAGUGGAUUUUCACCUUAUCAAAUUCUAUUGGCAGACUGUCAACAAUUUAAGGACCUUGUAAAUGCGCAUAAAGAUACCGUUGGUGAUUCAAAUCUUAACAGUAUGGCCUCUCGAAGAGUAACGGAAAUACCAAAAACAGCGACUGAUAAUGUUCAUGGAAACUGAUAUAUCGUAUGCCUCUCUUUCUGUUAUUUCUCACAUAAUUUUCUUAGCUGAUCAAAUUUCACAGAAUUCAUGGAUGGCUGCUAAUGUCCAAAAUGCCCGUGUUAGUUUAGUACACUGAAGUUAAUUUCUGUGUACAUUGUUAUCGGAGUCUGCACCAUUUUCUUUGUGCUAUCACGAUAUUUGUCUCUCGGAGUCCAGACUUCAAGAUCCUUGUUUUCCCAGUUGCUCAAUUCAUUGUUCCGUGCACCUAUGUCCUUUUUUGAUUCUACUCCUCUAGGCAGGAUUCUUAGCCGGGUAAGAAAAGCCUGAAAUAAAUGACAGUUAUGGUAAUUACAGUUCUGUUUCACAUACAUUUCUAAUGAUGGAUUAUCCCCUGCAGGUCUCUUCAGAUU